UGGCGGAUAAGAAGUGUGAAAAAGUCAUUGGAAUUAUACAGGAUAUUAUGUGCCCGAUUUCUGUACACUUACCAAAUGCAUUACUAUUUUGUGCGUCUUUUCUGGAUUGAACAUUUACUGACUGUUGUAUGUAAUUACUGUUGAGUAAUGGAAUUGGGUUAUAUGUAAACAUUCUUUCACGAAUGUGACAAAAAUAAAACUGCAACAUGUCAUUUUUGACAAGUUUCAGGAAGUUCUUUCGCCUAGGAGGCGAUGAUUUCAAAAAGAAAGAUGUAUGGAAUAGAAAUAUUGAAAAAGAUGUUGACCCGAUGCAGCUCUGGGACAUUGUUGGAGAACUUGGGGAUGGGGCAUUUGGUAAAGUUUAUAAGGCUGAGAACAAAGAAAAGAAGACGUUUGCUGCCCUGAAGAAGGUGGAAAUUAACAGUGAUGAGGAUAUUGAAGACUUCAGUGUGGAAAUUAACAUUCUCGCCGAGUGUCGACACAGAAAUGUUGUUGGUCUGCAUGAAGCUUUUAUCUUCGAUGGGUAUCUGUGGAUGUUCAUCGAGUUCUGUGAGGCGGGUGCAAUUGAUAGCAUCAUGGUGGAUCUGGAGAAACCACUGACGGAGGAUCAGAUUCGAUACGUCGCCCACGAGAUGUGUGAAGGUCUCGACUUUAUUCACAAGAACAAGAUCAUUCACAGGGAUCUCAAAGCUGGCAAUGUCCUCUUGACGUUGGACGGUGAUGUUAAACUGGCUGAUUUUGGAGUUUCUGCAAAAAAUUCUAAGACACAUCAGCGUAGGGAUACCUUUAUUGGAACACCUUACUGGAUGGCUCCGGAGGUAAUCCUGUGUGAGACAUUAAAGGAUACACCGUACGAUUAUAAGGCUGACAUCUGGUCAUUGGGAAUCACAUUAAUAGAGUUUGCUGAGAUCGAACCACCAAAUCAUGAUAGCCACCCGAUGAGAGUUCUCAUAAAAAUCCAGAAGUCCGAUCCACCCACACUUAGAGACACACACAGAUGGUCUAGAAAUUUUCAUGACUUUAUCAGCAAGUGCCUUGUUAAAGAUGCCAGCCAGAGACCUGAUGCCAUUGAACUGUUAGAGCAUCCAUUCAUCAAAGACUUCAGCAACAAAAAGCCAAUUCUUGACCUUAUCAGCGAAUACAAAGCAGAUGUGGUUGUCACGGAAACAGAACUCACUGAAGAAGAAGAUAUCAAAGAAAUAAAGCAGAAAAUGUUAUCUCACAAUGAUGAGAUUGGCAGUCUGGAGGAGAUCGCAGAGGAACAACACGAGCGUCACAUGAGUGAUGAUUCUCGAAGCAUUGAUCUAGACAGUAUUUCCAACGGCAGUGCCGACACAGAAAAAGACAGAGAAAAGAGUGUUGAAAAAGAAACAAAAGCUAAAGUACCUAAAACGGCUGAACCUGAAAAGGAGGAGACUAAAGAUGAAAAGAAGCCGCCCUCCCCUAAGAAGUCCCCUGCUCCAUCCCCACCUGCUGCUGUCCCGGCUGUUAAGGAUGAGGCAGUAGCAGCUGCUGUCACUGUAGCCGAUGAUGCAGACCGCUCGUCUGAUGAGGGAAUUGGUCCCAGUGGUGACGAACGCUCCGAUGGUGGCAGUCAGAAUGAGAGUCCAGCGAAAUCUCAGGAAUCGCAGAUGGUAAGUGAAGACCAGGAUACUGAGGCUGUUGUAGCGACAGGAAUUGCUGAGGACAUCAUCGACGAUGUUAUCACCUCCAUGACGGUGCAGCCAUCCAUUCCAGGGGUCGUGCUCGAUGCCAUACAGGACAUCGCGGAGGAGGACGACAACAAACAGGUGGUCAGCCACGACAAUGUCGCCGAGGAGGGCCUUAAGGCCGGUGUGGUGGAACCUAAAAAUGAAAUAAUAUCGGAAAACAAGGACGCAGAUUCACACAGACCAGUCGAGCUGGAGGUUCAGGAGGUGAAGGUUCAGGUGACCGACAACAAGGAAGGCGGGACCGACUCUGCGGACUCUGCGAAGAACGACGUGAUUACGUUCCACGGGCAGCCCGUUCCGGAGACAGGGACGAUCAUCAUCAAUGGACACGCCACCUCCGUGAAGGACUCUGUAGAAGAUGACAAGAAGAAGAAGCUGGUCACCAUUCAAGAUGAUCAAAACAGGCAGAGUGUCAUUCCGCAGACGGAUCUCGAUACGUUCGAGACGAAGCUUACGAACGACGUGUCGACAGGCUUUUCGAAUCCCGACGACGACCUGUUGGAUAAGAAGUCUGACUCGGGCAGUGUGAACACCGUCGACAGCCAGGACAAAGAGGAGCCGAAGUUUGGAGGAGAACAAGCUUCUAGGAGGAGGAAGGGUCCGGGUCAUAUCAAACAGAGAAGUCAGGAGAACAAGAGUCACUACCGGACAAUGACGAAAACACGAACCUACAUGAAGGAUGGUGUCGUUGUUACCACUACAACAUCCAAGGUGGUCGCAGUGGGCGAAGAUAAUAAAAUGAAAGAAGAGCAUAAUCUGAGAAAGCAGGACCUGCGUGAGCUGAAGAUGCUACAGAAGCAAGAAAACAAGCAGUACCAGGACCUAAUGUACAAAAACCAUGUGAACCGCGAGGGGCAGGAACGCAAGUUUGAGCUGGACAUGCAGACGUUGAUAAAGAACUUUGACCAAGACAUGGAGACACUGACCAAGCAGCAGAAGCAGCAGGUCGAGAAGGCCGAACUGGCCCAACAGCAGGACAUGAAGAACACCGGACGCAAGGUCAAGUGCGAACAGGAGCGAGAGUUGAAGAUUUUUCGAGACCAGCAGAAGGAAGAACUGAAACUCCUGAAGAAAGAAAUGGACCUACUGCCAAAAGACAACAAAAAAGAAGCCAUGAGAAAGAAGAGAGAGGCCAAGGAAAUUGAACUGGCGGAAAAGGAGCGACAUUUCCUGGAAAACCAGCAGGAACGCCUGGACAAACACAUGAAACAGCUGGCCGACCAGCACAGACAGAAGAUUGCCAUGCUGGAGAGACAGUUCCUACAGCAGAAACAGCAGCUACUUAGAGCACGUGAGGCUGCUAUUUGGGAGAUGGAGAAGGAACAGCUUCACGAGAAGCACCAACUGGGGAAGCAGCAACUUAAAGACAUGUUCUUCCUCAAGAGACACCAGAUGUUGACUCGACACCAGAAGGAAAUUGAUCAGAUGAAAAGAUACAAUCAGACGAAGGAAACUGAAAUGAAAGAGCGUCACAUGCUGGAGAAGCGCCGUCUUCCUAAGAUUCUGAAAAGUGAGGCCAAGACACGAGCACAGAUGUUCAAGCAGAGUCUACGACUGAGUACGAUAGGGACACCAGAUGAGGAUAAAGUGAAAAUUAAACAGUUUGAGGAGACCGAGAAGAAGCGAAUGAAAGCCGAGGCCCAAAGACAGGAAGCCAAGCAUAAGAAACAGUGGGAGGAAUUGGUGUUCAGGAGCGAAACAUCUCUACGCGAGUUAGAACAGCUUCAGGGUGAGAAACGGAAGAUGUUGAUGGAACAAGAAACACAGAAAAUGAAGGAGCUAGAUGAACAAUAUUCCAAUGAACUACGUGAAUGGAAAGGAAAUUUAGUACCCAGGAAGCAGAAACUUGAAGAAGAAUUUGCCCACCAGCGAGAAGAACAAGAGAAAUUUUAUGGUGCAAUUGUGAUGGGUGACGUGGACCCACCUCCCCCCGGUUACUCCCGGACACAGCAGGGUUCUGUUAGGAGCAGGGAGGAGACGCUGCAGUCACGACACUCCACCGUCAUAUAGCAGCCCCCCUCCCUCCCUUCUCCCCAGUCCAGCACAUUCUACAUGUGACAUACUGUGAUGCAUUUUACUAACAACAACCACACUUUUCGUUUGUGUCUGUUCAACACGAUCACUUUCAACAGUUUUUAUGUUGGAUUAGCUGAGACAUUGCUGGACAGCUGACGAAUGAAUUGAGGACACCCAAGCAAAUGUAAAGUACAUGUGGCCUAUAUUCAGAAGUGCCCUCAUGAAAUAGUGUACAAAAAUAUUGCUACAGACUGAUGUUUGUUGUCAUAUAUCUGGAUGUUGUUAGAAGUCGGAAGUUGUUUUGUUUUUAAAAACAGAUUUUCCUCUUGACUAAAAUUAUUGUGUAUUUAAAAAAAAAAUAAAAAAAAAUAAGAAGGUGAACUUUGACCAAUUGACUGAUGGUUUAAGUUAGAAUGAAACAUGGACUGAUGUUUUUCUACAUUUCUCCUGGACAGUAGUUUGUGCAUAAAAGGAUUUGUUUUUAUUUAAGGGAGAUAACUUCUGUUGAAGUUUCCAGAAUGUGCGUUCAGAUUGCUGGAUGUACUGUUUUCUAAACAUAUCUUGUAUUUUCCCCAUUAGUAAGAGUUGUUGGUUAUUGGAAUAAUAAUAUAAAUUAAAUGGAUGGAAGCAGUAGUGUAGUACAAAGCAAUAUCAAUAAACAGAAAUGUUUAUCGAUACCAUUGUACGUACUUUAAAUGUUGUAAAAGUUUUUCAUUUGUUUUUUAAAUGUAUGUACAAGUUGAUCCUUCUGUGUUUAUGCAUAAAUAUUAUGGUAUGUAUUGUUGGCAUGAAUGUGGUACAGUUUGCUAGUAUGUUUACUUGGAGUGCAUGCUGUGUGAAAUUUAUUUGAAUUUGAAAUAUAGUCUGCAAAAGACAAUAAAUUUUAAUUUACCAGUAAAAGAAAAAGGUUAGAUUAGACAGUUUUACUCCUUGUGUUUCUUCUUUCUUUCUUUUUUUUUCUUUUCUUUUUUCUUUUACUUUCUUUAAAAAAAAAAAAAAAGAGGACAUUUCGCAAAGAUUAAAAAUUUAACAUGGAUGAAAAUGGUUGGAAAAGUUACAGUAAUAUUGCAUUAACCAGCCAUAAGUUGGGCUGAUGUUAAAAUCUGACUGCUUGUUUUAUAUAUAGAGAAAUAUUAGCUAUGGCCCAACUUUCUUUAAGGCCCAAUGCAUAUUUACUUUGUUUAACCUGUUUUUAGUGCUAAUAAAUACUUUUUAGAAACAAAAUUGUAAAUAUUUGAAGUACCUAAGUAUGAAUAGUAAUAGACGAGAUAACCUAGGACUUGAUCAUACAGCUUAGUGUAUAUAUGUGUACUAGUGUAUUCAGCACUGACAGUAAUUUUAACACUCACACAUGCACUACCUUCGAUUAUCGGAUAAUGUGCUUAUUUCUUGAAUUAUAUCCAGAACAUAAUUAACUUGACAAGUGCUAUCUUGUGGAUUAAAUUUAGAAUGGAGGAAUGGAACAUACAUUGUAGGCUAAUUAUGUAUAUUUUAAUCACAGUUGUUUUCUUAUUGGCUUUUGUUUUUGUUCUUUAAUAUAUAUUUUUAAUUUACUAAUUCUUCAUGUCUUCAAAUAUUCCAUUAAAAAUAAGCAAACUGUUAACUUUUUCUUUUUUUUAAUUCUUUAUUAACAAAUACAUGCAUUAUGACAUGAAGAAAAUAAUUUUGUUGUAUACUUCAGACCUACAUAAUCAUGAAAUAACCAUGGCAGACCUACUUGUAAUGUUACAUUGUUGAUGUUCAAUAAACUUACAAUUUGAUAUCUGGUUGUGUGAGGGUAAUUUCUAAUUAUCUAUAGUCCGACAUCUUAAUAUGUCACACAUGGCAUAAGUAUCUGCCUACUUAUCCAAACAAACUUAGUAUCAACAAAUGUUGCUUCACAUACUUUGUUGUAAUCAUGUAGUUAUCUACCCUGACUACCCAUCCAUUUUCAGAUGUGAUGUCCGAGGUUAGUAUUCAGUUGUUAAUACAGUUGAAUUACUGUUGAAUGUGCUGGAUGUGUUGAAGUGCAUGUGAGAAUGGAAUUCCUGUUAGAUGGAUUUGGGGUUGAUAGUAUCAGGUCAUCUUCAUAAAUGAUCUUUUAAAAAACAAACCCAAGAAACUAUUGGCCACAGUGUGAUUAUUCCUUUGGGUGCAGAUAAAUAUACUGCCUAUGAUCUCUACGUCAUUAUUUAGUAAACAAUAUAAAAUAAAGUGUUAGAAAAGUUUCAAUCAUUAGAUGCAACUCCAAGUUUAAAAUUAGUAUGUGUACAGUAUUAAACAUGAAGAAGAAAAUUUUAAAAAAAGGGUGAUUGCUAUUUUGUUUAAUGAUUGGUCACGGUCAGGUCAGGUCAGGUCAUAGGGUUUUACGUGCACAUUUAGAACAUGCUACUGUAACACAUGCCUGUCAUGGACACAGGUGCCAGCCUUGGCUGGCUCUUCUGUCCAGUGAUUGGUCAAAAUGAUUGUUCUUCUUAUACCAUAAGCUGACCUCUCUGCCUUUGCGUAUUUCCGUAUCUAACAAUGGAGUGGUUCAAAAACCUACACAGCCAGUCACUGAUUACAUUAUAUAUUUUUAUUGUAACGAUUGUGCUGUGAAAUGUUAUUUUUUAAUUAUUUUUUUUAAUUUUAAAUUUUUUAUUAUUAUUUUAUUUAAAUUUUUUUGAUACAUGAAAGACCAUUAUUUUUUAUCAAUGGAAUGUUCCACUUAACAUUAAACAUGAAUAAGAGGGCACUCCAGAAUUUGUGGGAAACCAAAUUUCAUACAGUGUAUGAAAAAACCCAUAAUGAGCUGUAAAAAUACAUUGGUGAAUUGCCCACAUUACUGGGAACCAGAUGUUAUUGUAUAACACAAAACAUCAGAAACAAAUUGUUCUGUUAAUAUGUAUAUUUAGAUUACUUUCUCAGGUGUACAUGUUUUUAUUAUGGUGUGAAGUGUCCAGAAAGCUUGCCACAUAGCAAAUGGAAUAAAUUGGAAAUGCUAGGGCUGUAAUAUAUUUAAAACUGUACCUGUGAAUUUGGUGUGUUUUGGAUUUUUUUUCGUUUGUUACACUUGAAUUUGUAAUUGUAUACUUUGUAUUUACUUAAACAAUUUUCACUGUAUUUUAAGCAAGGAAUGUAAAGCAGUGAGAUGUCUCAUGCUCCGUGAAGAUGGUAAAAUGAUGAGAUAAUAUUCUGUUUAAAAGUGGGUCAGCCUCAAGCCGUCAUCAUACUUUACCAAUGGGUGUCGUUUCAUCAAGUAUUCGUUGAUUGCAUUCAGGCUUUGAGCAUCACUUUUCAAAUGUUAAGAACUGUAUGGGGUUUUUUGUUUUUUUUAAUCAACUGUUUUGCUUGGAAAAGACCUUUUGAUAAUAGUUUUAUGAGAAUUAUUUUCUUGGGGAUCAUUUUCUACUAAUUUAUUGCGAGUAUGCAUUACUGUCACCUGUCCGAUUUGCACCUUUGUUAACUGUAUGUUUAUCGUUAGCUGGCUGUAUACUGAAUGCAUACGGAGUACACAUUGGUUUUUAUUGGUUUGUUCCUUGUCCACAAUCCUUCACUGUAUGUGUGUCGCUGUGCUUUUCACUCACCAUACAAACGUUUGACAUUAUCUGUUCAGUCUUUAUUUAUGAAUUCAUCUUCUCUUCGUUUUUUUUUUUGCUUGUUUUUUUUUCUCGUUUUUUUGUCACAAGAUGAAUAUAUAUUUUGAAAAAUACCCAAACUGUAUAUUUUUGGCUGUGUGUUUAAGCAUUUUUAGAUGAUUGAAGAAGGGUAGUUUGAAUUGUCUACAAAUACUCUGUAUAUUUGUGAUUCAGAUUUUGUUUUAAAGGAAUUGGUGUUAAACGGAGAUGAUGAUUGUAUAAAUUGGGAAGUUGCUGCAGAGUGCUGUACAAUUUUAUUGCUAUGUUGUAAAGAGAUUAUGUAUUGUGUAUCCAGAUGGCUUUAUUUGCAUUUUAUUAACCAGUACUCAUAAUCUAAACAGUAAGUUUAAAGUGUUAUCACUAAGUAUUUUAUUCACCACAGAGUGUUAUUUGGUUACUAGAAAUGUAUUGCCAAAUUCCAUGUAUGUACAUGCAGUUAUAUGUUCUAACAAAUUGACACUGCAAUACCAUACUGACUUUAUUUAUUUAUCCAUGCCUUUGAGAAUAAUAUGUACCGUACUUAUAUAUAUAUAUAUAUAUAUAUAUAAAAUUUUCUCCAGUUAUAUCAUGUGUUAUGGAAAUUGACUUGUUGGGGGGGGGGGGUGAAAAGUUUAUAUUAGAUGUUCAAUUCCUUGGUGAUUUUUUUUCCCCCCAUUUCUUUCCUUUUUUAAAUGUUUUAAUUUUGUAUUGGGGGAGGGGGAUUAUCUUCUGACAUCUCUAUACAUUUAUUGUGUCACACUAGUAUUACACUAGAAUACAAUAGAUUAGACAUGUAACUAAAACAAAUUCUUGACUUGCCAAAUGAUGGCAAAUCUUCUUUAAAUACAAAAGUGAAAGAUAAGAAAGCAGAAGCAUAUGUAUUGUGAUACAAUUGAAUGCUGUACCCCAGCCAUAUCAGUAUGUCUUGAUCGUGUAGCCAUGUUCACACUGAGGGCACUGCAGAGAAAUCUAUUCCUGUGUGCAUUCAACUACAGACUGAGUAAUUAUAAAACUGUGUAUUCUUCCAGUUGUAUUGACAUAUUCAUGACCAUGUUGUAAAAUUAAGCAAUCAUAAGACAAAUGUUGAGAUUUGAUUAUUUUUAUGAGAUUGUGAUGAUUGGUAAACAGAGCGAAGUACCAGGUAUUAUGUUAUAUUAUUAUUAUCAUUCAACCAUACUUCCUGUAACCCGAUAACCCCAACCUGAUAAUUCAAAGUGUUAUCAUGUCACUGCUUAAUAACACCUUUGUUGCUAGCAUGAUAACUUUGGUGUUGCCAUAUGUUAUCAGGUCACUAGGAAAUUAAUUCUGCACAUGUCAAUGAGUGGGUUGGUUUUUCAAACAUCCAUUACCAACAAUAAAUGUUGAAGUGCAUAAGUAAAUAACUUUUAUACUUCAUGUAAGAAGCUUGCUGAAGCUUGCAUGUUACACCAUUGUUUAAACCUCACGAUAUAAACUAAAUAUUAAAACAUGGUAACCUUAUAUUCUAUAUUUUUAAGACAAUACUGAACAAAUGCAGGUCUACAAUACAUCAUGAUUCAAAAUACCUUGGGAUUAUGCCACAAUUUUAUAAUGAAUUUUCAAAACACAAUGGCUUCAUAGGUUUAACAGUGAACAAAUGCUGUACAUUGCUUUCUCUGUUGAUACAGACUGAUAGAUCAGCAGAUCUUGGCAGCUCGUUACUGUUACAGUAAAACAUUCAGGAGGGCGAGUCCUCAUAGGCAUUCACGAUUGAUUCAUUUCUCGUCGUAAUGAAUCAUUUGCAAGCAUCUAGUGCUUUCUCUCCUAAAUGCACUACAGGUUUUGUCAAUGUUUUAUUUUUUAUUUACUCUUUUUUUCUUUCUUUAAUACAAAUAAGAUGGCUACAACAUCUGGUGAGUCUAUUCACAUACACUAACACAUCAAGAGGAGGAGUGUUCUUGGUGACCACGUCAAUCCGUUUUCAUCCAGGAUGGUCUAGUAUUCUAAACCUUUAAUGCCGAAUUUAUGAAGCCUGUUUUUCUAAAACGCAGGUGUUUAAGCAUAGUAAAUGUAUGUAGUUACACGUGUGUAAGUCUAAAACAGGCUUUGUAAAUUCGGCCAAUAGGGUUUCUUUUCCUUCUCUUUAUGAUUAUUUUUUUCUUCUUUUUUUCUUCUGAAAAAUAUGUCAAUACAAUCCCGAUAACACACAUUUUGAAGAGAUUUGUCUGUUGUAUGUCACUGGUACAGAUACCAGAGUGAUGAUGUUCCAUGCAGGGUUUUGUGUGUGGUUCCACUUGUGACAAGCAUCUUGUAUAGUAGGAUUGUAUCAAGAUCAGUUUUUACAAUGCUUCUUACAUAAUGUAUCUACAAACAAAUAUGGUACUAUGUCACCGGAUCUUCCUAUAAUAAACACAUUAUCAUCA